GCGUCACGCACACAGCGUUGCUGGUUUCCCUGGUGACGGUUGCCGGGGCAGCGCGUGCCGGCGUCCGGAAGAGGAGACAGAGUCCUCUCUGGCCUUAGACGUGAGGAGCGGAGUGACCGCUUGCAGGCUUCUUUUCCUACGCCUGGGGCAUGAUGGCAGCAGAUGAAGGCACACAGGACACCUUGCGGCUCCAGUUCAAGGCCAUGCAGGAGAUGCAGCACAAAAGGUUACAGAAGCAGAUGGAGAGACAGAUGGAAAAAGAACUGAGCCUCAAAAUCAAAGUCGAUGACCAAAAAGAGCCCUUGAAGAUCUCCGAUGGCCUCAGCCUUCUCCAAGCUGGAGAGCAAAACUCAAAAAACAGCUUUGAGCAGAGGAUGCUUGAAGAUGAGAUUGCACACCUUCGAGAGCAGCUCAGGGAGACGGUAGAUGAAAACGGGCGAUUGUAUAAGCUGCUGAAGGAAAGGGAUUUUGAAAUCAAGCAUCUCAAAAAGAAAAUAGAAGAUGACAGAUUUGCCUUCACAGGGACAGCUGGUAUGGCCGGGGAUGUGAUUGCCACCAAAAUUGUCGAGCUGUCCAAAAAGAACCGGGUGCUGACGGCAGAGUCAGAGGGUGCGAAAACCAGAGUGAAGCAGCUGAGCAAUCGCAUCCAGGAGCUGGAGCGGGAACUGCAGAGGGCCCUGGCCAGGCUACCAGCCAAGAUGGCCACCGACGCGGGAGCCAAGGCGCCGAGGGCUCAGACGGCAGACAGAGCCUUGCCAGAGACCCCAGAGGUGAAGGUGUUGCAGGACAGGCUGGCAGCCACAAACCUGAAGAUGAGUGACCUCCGCAACCAGAUCCAGACUGUGAAGCAGGAGCUCCGGAUGGCCCAGAAGGUUUUGACCAGCGAGGUCGGGGAAGAUGUGAAUGUCCAACAGCUCCUGUCUUCCCCAGGGACCUGGAGGGGGAGGGCUCAACAAAUUCUCGUUUUGCAAAGCAAGGUUCGCGAACUUGAGAAGCAGUUGGGACAGACCCGGAGCCAGUCUACGGGAAUGUCCAGUGAUGAGCCAUCUGCCUAUCCAGACCCAAGGAAGCUCUCAGCACAGGAGAAAAACCUGCUGAGGAUCCGCAACCUAGAAAGAGAAAAACAGGACGGCUGGGAGAAACUUGUUGGUGAGCGAGAUGGCCUCCAGAGAGAGCUUGAAGAACUGAAAAAGAAGUUUGAGGGUGUGAAGUCCCGGAAUAAGGUGCUGUCGAGUGAAGUGAAGACCCUCAGGAGUCAGAUGGGGACGCUGGCAGAGAAGGGCAGGCAUGAUGAUGAGCUCAUCGAUGCCCUCAUGGACCAGCUAAAGCAGCUACAAGAGAUUCUGGGCAGCCUGAGUCUGCAGGAGGAGAAGAGCCGGGCGUCGCAGCACCGUCUGGACCAGCGUGUCAACAGUGAGGCCCAGCGGAGCAGCAGCCUUAUCACCCAGCUGCAGGCCAUGGUGGCUGAGCGGGAGGCCAAGGUGCAGCAGCUGGAGCAGGAGAUUGGCCAGCUCAGUAUGCAGUAUCGUCAGAAUAAAGGAAUGGACAAGGGGUCCAGUGGGACUGAGGACCACUCAGCCUACACCAAGUUCCUGGAGGACCCCAUCCAGACCAAGUCCCUGGCCUCAGCAGGUGAUCACGUUGGCAGGCUGGGAUCCUCUCGCUCCGUGACCAGCCUGGGCCACACGCUGGUGGAAUCUGCUCUCACGUGGCCUUCUCUGCCCAGUCCUCAUGGGGCCUCACCCAGGUUCUCAGACUCCCCAGAACAAAAAAGCUGGCAGACACAGGUAACCGAGUUCAAGGCCCUCUGGCAGGCCGCUGAAGUGGAGCGUGACCGGCUCACGGAGUUUGUCACUGUGCUGCAGAAACGGGUGGAGGAGAGCAACAGCAAGCUUCUGGAAUCUGAGAAGAAGCUGCAGGAGGAGCGGCAACGCACUGUGGUGCUUGAGCAACAUCUGGAGAAGAUGCGCCUGGAGCCCGGGAGGACGUCGGUCAGUCAGAAGGCAGCCUCCAGGAGCAAAACAGGUCUGCCCACCUCCAACACCAGGCACAACCCGAACGGGAGUGAAAGGAAGGACUCCUCCUUCACCCAGCUCUCCAAUGUGCCCAUGGAAUCACAGAUGGAGGAGCUGACCACCAGACUGGCCAUCCAGGUGGAAGAGAAUGAAAUGCUGAAGGCUGCCCUGGGCAGUGCCCUGCGUGGAAAGGAGGAGGAUUUCCGAAUGUACCAUGAGACCCUGGGCCAGGUGAAAGGGGUCUUUCUGCAGGCCCUGCGGCAGCAGAAGGCAGGACAGUGCUAGGAUGGUCGCCCGGUGUCAGCCUGGAGGGACGGGGCAGCCAUAGGCCUGGAGAGGACUCCAUCUGUUCCUGGAAGCCAACCUGGGGCAACCACCUCAGCUAGAAGAAGUUCUCCUAGAAGAAGUUCCCCAAGGGUGAGCAAAGCCUGCACCUCAGACCAGGAGGGCAAAGGAGAAGCCCUGGCGGAGAGCCCAGACAGGCCAGGCAAUGGCAGGGGAGAAGGACCGGCGACCUGCUCGGCACCAGUGAGAGCCCUGGGACGACAAGCCAGCUCUGAACAGACAGAUGCAGCCCCUGGGGCAGGUGCUCGUCACCCUUGGCCUUGGGCCUAGCUGAGAGGCCCUGCAUGCCCACAGGGCUCCAUCCAUACCAGACAGCUCUCAGGGCUCCAGCUGCGAGCCUCCCCAGCCCACCCACCCCUCACCAGGGCACACACCCCCCCCUCACCCAGCUCCCCCUCCAUGGCUCUGUGGCCACCCCAGCCUUCGCAAACGUGGGGGUAUGUACUCCCACCCACUUUGUCAGCCCACUCCUCAAGGCUCUUCCUUAGAUGCAGACCUUUGGACUUGUAAUAAUAAUGGUUAUUUUCACACUCACCACAGGUCCCCAUGAGUGAGCAUCUGUGGAAGCCUGACCUAGUCCUAUAGUAACCUGGGAAUUGAUAGUCCUAUUUUGCAGAUGAAGAAACUGAGGCUUACAGAGAGAAGCUAGGCUAAUAUUUAACCCUGGCCCGCCUGACUACAAAAGCAGGGUCCUCCAAGUAGAGCAACUGGCCAGGGUGGGAGUGCCCACCCCCAGUCAGCCGCUCCAGGAGUUCCUUCCAGUCUCCGGGCCAGUGGCGCAAUGGAUAACGCGUCUGACUACAGGAGUUCCUUCCAUUUGCUCCCAAA